AUGUCGCUUAAUCCUCCCUUCACCAGAGAGACUGCCCACGCCAAAGUCAAAAAGGCACAAGACCUCUGGAAUGGACAGACAUCUUUCGUUGCUGGAAGCGUAGCCAUUGAGGAGUUUCUCGCCAAUAAGUGGGAGAAGGAAAAGAGUUAUCGUCUUCGCAAAGAGCUUUUUGCCUUCUCAGACAAUAAGAUUGCAGUCCAAUUCUGGUACGAAUACCAGGAUGCUCAGGAUGGCAUGAAGUGGAAGCGAUGUUACGGUCUCGAAGAUUGGACGUUUGCCGAGGAUGGGAAGAUGCGAAAACGGCAGAUGAGCGGUAACGAUAUUGACAUUAGCGAAGCUGUGUCUCCGAUCGGUGCAUAA